UACUCGUAGUAGGUGCUUUAUUCUGAACAGUACAAUUUCAUUGUUGCCAUGACUCGGUGUAUCUUGUUGACGCUUAUAUGUUUGAUAAUAAUUUCGCCAUCACUCACUUUGAUACCUAAACCAAACAAAUAUCACCUGAAGGAUAAGAAAUACUGUAACCUCCUUGAACAUGUGGCAAUUGAACAUAAAUAUCCCACAUGCUUUAUAUUAAUGCAAGCUGUGAGACGAUUCAAAGAACGUCUGAAUGCAAAAGACAUACCACCACCAGACACAUCAUAUAAAGAUACCUGCUUGAUAAAUGCAAUCGAGAUAAACAUCGCUGCAGGAUGUGAUGAAAGUGAAUCCGUUCUCCGACCAUCUCACUCAAUGGAUGAAUCAUAUAAGAUUGAUCUUCAGAUAAACACGUUGAAUAUAACAUCGACUGAAGUUUGGGGAGUCCUUCAUGCAUUAGAAACUGUACUCCAGAAUGCAUACAACGAUGAGUGGAAUUUUAAAUUAAUAAAGAAUGUCUAUGUGGAAGAUGCACCUCGAUUUCCACAUCGUGGACUCAUGCUAGACACAUCGAAACAUUUCCUCACCAUCGGAGAAAUCCACAAGUUCAUUGAUGCAAUGGCCAUGGUGAAAAUGAAUGUUCUACACUGGCACAUCACAGACACUGAAUCAUUCCCAUACGUCUCCUCCACAUAUCCUGAUCUGUCAAAUAAGGGUGCAUAUCAUCCUGAGGCGUACGUGUACGAGCGUAAUGAGAUAGUUGAUUUACUGGAGUAUGGGCGUGUUCGUGGAAUUCGAAUAAUUCCGGAGUUCGAUACACCAGCACAUACACAGUCAUGGGGAAAUGGCUAUCCCGAUGUACUCACUCCCUGUCACACUCAAGACGAAGAAGGAAAUCAGAUACUCGGUCCCAUCAAUCCAACCAAUCUCACCUUCAUUCACAAUUUGUACCAGGAAAUUCUCAGUGUAUUUUCUGCUGACAACCACAUUCAUUUGGGCGGUGAUGACGUGGAUUUCACAUGCUGGCAGUCCAAUCCUGACAUCACAAAUUUCAUGCAGGAGAAACAAUUCAACACUGACUACUCACAGUUGGAAAACUACUACAUGGAACAACUUGUAGAAAUUGUCAAAUCGUCAUCGUUGGUAUCUGGAUCUGCAAUGGUUCCGAUUGUUUGGCAGGAUGUAUAUGAGAAUGGAUUUCGUAGUGACAAGGAUAUGAUUGUUCAAGUGCACAAAUCUGAAGGAUGGAAGAAGAGUGUUGAGGAGAUCACGGGAGCGGGAUUCAAAGUUCUCAUAUCGUCGUGUUGGAAUUUCAGUGAUGUGGGUGUUGGAGAUGACUGGCAGUCGUUCUACGAGUGUGAUCCCUUGAAUUUCGAAGGUAGCUCAGAGAAAUCCACACUGGUGGUUGGAGGAGAAGGUGUGAUUCCGGGGGACUACGUGGAUGAUGUGAAUCUGAUGUUGGUUUCAUGGCCUCACGCUGCUGCAAUAGCUGAACAACUCUGGUCUGAAGAGAGAACGAGCACAAGUGAUUUCGGUGACCGCCUGAGUGAGCUUCGUUGUCGAAUGAGAAGACUAAAUUGGAAUGUCCAACCAGUCAAUGGAGCAGGAUUCUGUCCAAUCUGAUUGACCACGAACCGAAGCGUCUCCUUCCACUUCACACACACGCACAAAGUCUGUGUGUGUG